AUGCCUGAGCUUGAAGAGGCCUAUGUCGAUUUUAGAUACAAUGAUAUCGAGAGUCUUUUCGGAUCAAUCACAUCUGUCAAGUGUCUUACAAUAUGUUCACGGGCUCUUUAUGGUGACGGUUUUGUCUUCAACCAGCUUGAAGAUUUGAAGCUGUGUGAUUGCACAGCUUGUUCGUCAAUGCUGCUCUCUCGGUUGCUCAUAGAUUCUCCUAACUUAGGAGCUCUCAACAUCUUUCAAAUGAAAAAGCAUUACGAUAAUGAUAUGGUUCUAUGGACUCAACCGAGUCAUGUUCCCGCAUGUUUUGAGUCGAGUCUACAAACUUUCGUCUGGUCAGGAUACUUGGGAGGAGCACAAGAUAGAGAUGUUGCGGUUUACGUCUUGAAAUGGGCUAAACAUUUAAAGACUGCAACAAUCUCGUCCAAUGAAGAAUUUGUUCCAAAGCUUGAGAUGCUCAAGGACUUGGUUACAAAAAGGAAGAGGGAAUCGAAAACAGUAUCUCGUCCGGUUUGUAAAGUAGACCAAUUCAGUGGGUUGUCGGAUGACUUGCUGCUCAAGAUAUUAUCGUAUCUUCCGACAAAACUCGCUGGAUCCACUAGCAUCUUGUCGAAACAAUGGGAAUAUGUUUGGAAGUGGUUACCCAAACUCAAGUUCCAUGCUCUAGAUAUCCCGUCUCAACACCAAAGUUUAAGGUGUUUUCUUGAUCAUAAUCUCCCAUUACAUAAAGCUCCGGUCAUCGACAGCUUCCACAUCAGCUUAUGCUCAUCGUAUCAACCUGGAGAUAUCAAAGCUGAAGAUAUCAAACUGUGGCUUGAAAUUGCAAUUUCUUCCUACCUACGCCAUCUAAACAUUACUUAUAGCCACUGGCCAGGCAGGCCAAGUGUAUUACCGAGUAGCUUGUAUACAUGCAAAUCGCUUGUGGAUUUGAGACUUACGGGCACCAUUCCCUUGGAUGUUCCUCGUUUGGGUUGUCUUCCCUCCCUCAAAAAUCUGGAACUUGACAUUGAUGGUUACUUAUAUGGAGUCUCUCUUCUAGGGGUGGGCACAGGGCAAGUACUUGUCAUUUUCAGUGUACUUGCGACUUGCCUUGCCUUGUGA